AUGAAAGGAUUCCUUCCUAUCCUGGUGGCCGUAGCCAUCGUUGUGAUGUGCGGUGACGUGGCGUAUGGUAUGUUGCGCGAGGCAUGGUUCGAAACUCGGGUCGAUCACUUCAAUUCGCGCAAUCAGGAUAAGUUUGCCAUGCGGUACUACAUCAACGAUGAGCACGCGUACGCCCGUGGUCCAAUCUUUGUCGUGGUCGGUGCCGCUGGUCCCAUUCAGACACGAUGGAUCACCGAGGGACUGUUUUACGAUACAGCGUAUCUCGAGGGUGCCUAUCUGUUUGCGAACGAGCUGCGGUACUUUGGACACAGUUUACCGGUAGAGAAUGCCGAAACGGAGAAUCUGGACUACCUAAACGCCGACCAGGCGCUGGCCGAUUUAGCCGAAUGGAUUACCUAUCUGAGACAAACGUAUGUGAAUAACCCGAACGCUAAAGUGAUCCUUAUGGGAACAGCGUAUGGUGGCGCAUUAGCUACCUGGUUCCGCCAGAAGUAUCCCCAUCUGGUAAAUGGAGUGUGGAUAUCGAGCGGUGCGAUCGAAGCUGACUUUGCGUUUGCCGACUACAACGUAGCACUCGGAGAAAGCAUCCGUCAGUAUGGAAGCGACUCGUGCUACAGCACCAUCUGGAGUGGGUUCCGUGUGGCCCAGAAUAUGGCACACCUCGGUUUGGCCGACCUGCUGUCGACCGAGUUCCAUCUGUGCGAACCGCUCGACACGGACAACGAUCUGGAGGUGCGUGCCUUCCUGCUUGGGCUGCGGGACGACAUCGAGUUCGAAAUGCUGCAUCUGCGCAACACCAACUCGAUCCGCGAGAUGUGCGAAGAAAUGGACCAGCAGCGUGACAGUAGCCUGAACGCGUUGAUCGAUUGGUUUGCUCGUGAACACCAGUACGAACAGUGUGUGCACAUGAACUUCGACAGCUACAUGGAGCGGUACGUCGAGACGGACUUUAACACCGAGAGCCUGCAGGCAGGUCAUCGACAGCGCCUCUAUCUCCAGUGCACGGAGGAAGGCUUCUUCCCGACGACCUCCGAAGCGGAAGAUCAACCGUUCGGUAACAUGAUCGGACCGGACUUUUUCGUACAGGUGUGUCAGCGCGCAUUUGGCGAGUGGCUUACCGAGGACGUAAUCUUCAAACAGCUUCGUUCAACCAAUACUCGUUUUGGUGGACUCCAGCCGGCGAUCGAGCGGGCCCACUUCACCAACGGUGGUAUCGAUCCGUACCGUGUCGGAAGCCCGUUGGAAGAUCUCAACCCGAAAGCCCCGGCCACCCUCAUCCCGGAUACAUUCGAGGCGCCCGAUCUGGACUCGAUUGACUACGAGAACGAUUCGGAAGCGUUGAUUGCCGCCAAGGAGCGCACGAGAACUCUGAUCGACACGUGGAUAUUCGAGGACUUCGAACCGAUCCACGCGUAG